GACACACUGGAUACGAGUUGCCGCGUGCCAAGCUUUAUGCGGAUGCGGGGACAUGCAGAUCUGGAAGCGAGGCUUCGCUCCCACUACAUCCUGGGUGGCAACGAGCAUCGGUCAGGUUCCAUGGCGUUGCAUGUGAAAGCUAUUCAUCCUGAUCUCAUGCUUCAUUGGGACAAUGCUAUGGCUCACAGUUUGACCCUCCGAGAAGGGCAGGACGAGGAAAUGCCACCCACCUCGGCACUGGGGAAGCGGGCGGAACACAGACUGGCGGAGGGCCCAGCCAAAUUCUCCAAGCCGGCUGGAAAGGGGCAGGGCCAGGGCUCACACUACCCUCCGGAAUCGGAGCCCAGCCACGGCUCGGGUCAAAGCUCGGACCAAUGGCAGGAUCGCCCGGCCAAUCCCAAGAAUUGGACCAAGGAGCAGACACGGCAGCGACAGGACGAGAUGUGGCGCCAAUGGGAGUCGAACACCUCUUGGUAUCAGACUCAGGAUAUCAAGAAACUCCGCCAAGAGCUGGAGCAGCUACAGGAGCAUGUCCGCCUCCUUGCCCGAAUGUCUUUGAGACACGAAGACGAGCUGUCACAAGGACGAACAGAGCGCGAUUUUGUACUCACUUUCGAGCCGCCGACCCCAGGUACCAACGACAACUCGGCCAACAUGUUGGUGAUUCUCUUCCGGAUGGCAGUGGUUUGGAAGGAGAAGAAGGAGGAGGGCAAGGUGGACUCCAGCCUUCGGCUGGUCCUCUUUCUGGGCUUGAUCAAGCAGUACAUCAAGCAGAUCACGACCAGCCUCGAGCAACCGGAGGACAGAGAACAGCUGGCUAUGAUGAAGUUUCUUCGCCAAACAAACGAGGGGAGGAGCAUGGAGUGGCCCUACCUGAGGUGGAAUCAGGAACGACAGCUCCUGGAGGAGGCUCCCAUGGCUGCUCUGUCCCACACGGACCUGAUGACGGCCCUGGCCACACUGGAAAGCUCCAUCUCGGCACCUAGAACCCUCCUGCGAUUUCAUUCCACACGCAGGCUGGUGGAAAGUCACCAGUCACCGGUGACCUUUCUGGUUUCGAUAAGCCUGCUGUGCUACAGGGCACUGUCCUUGCUAUGCUUCAACGCCAGCUCCCAGCUUCUCAAGCUCGGCAUCCGCCCAGCCAAGAUGGAGCGCCAGCCUCUGGCGAAGGUUUUGGCGGAACACUUCCCGCCACCGGAAAUGGCAAUGGGCAGGGGCAAACAGGGCAAGGGACAAGGCCGGGACAAGGAGCCGAGGAUGAGCCCCUCGAGGCAGGGACGGAGGACCCAGCCAGCUCCCAAAUCCCCAGCGAUCCGAGCCGAGCCGACAGUGCCGGAAGCGGCGGAGGCCACGGAAAAGGAGGGUGCAGAGACCACCAAGAGCUGA